UCCAUUCAGACUGGCUUAUGUAAAGGGAUUAAAGAAAUAAGCGGAGAUUUCAGCUGUCCACAGCUCUAAUGAAGGAAUUUGAGGUGGGAUUGUCUUAGUGUCAGUAUUGUUGGUUAUCACACCAUUCAGAUUUCCUCUUUGUACCCACCAUUUCCUGGCCUUGAUGACUGAACAGUACAAACAGCUUUUGUUUCAGUGAUGCAGAAUUGGAAGCAUUCAACUCCAGGGAAAGUGCAGUUUGAUUAGAUCUUAACGAGUUGAUUGGAUGGAGAACAUGGCCUGUGGAAAACCAAAGGAAACUUCCCAACUUCUGGAAGAAAAAAAGAAGAGAAGAAAAGAGACAGAGGAAUACAAAAAGCAAAAUGAGACAAAAAAAUAAGUAUUUGAGGAGGCUGCUGACAUAUUUGGCAAUAGUCUGACUGCUACUGCAAGUAAUAUGAUGCAAGAUAAGCAUAUAUUUUGAUGGGAUAGUUAAGUUGCGAACUUUGAGAAGUCAAGUGUUUUCACUAGUGUUCAGUGAGAAAAAAAAUGUUUGAUGGCUUAAAGCACUUGAGUUUUCAGCUAAAUGCUCACAAGAAAAUGGAUGGCUUAUCUUGCUGUGUGCCUGAAUUCAUAGAACUGGUCUUCCAUUUGAUAGAAACUUUUCCCAACAGUAAAGAACAAAGCAUUUUAAAUAUUAUUUAAGAGAAAUUUUUUUUUAAAUAUUGUCUCUACUACAAUUCUAUGCCUCUGGAUUUUAUUCUGGACCGUGUUCUGAUGGCCAGUUUCAUCAAUAGUUCUUAUAUACUGAACCACAGCUUGGCCACAGGUGAAGUACUUAAUGCCUCAGUUUCGGAGGACGUCUCACAGACAGCCGUCUCAAUAAAGAACUGGCCAGCCUUGCUGAUUCUGGUGAUCAUUGUGCUGACUAUCGGGGGCAAUAUACUGGUGAUCAUUGCCGUCUCUUUGGAGAAAAAACUACAGAACGCAACAAACUACUUCUUAAUGUCACUCGCUGUUGCAGAUAUGCUGGUCGGGAUUUUAGUCAUGCCCGUUUCUCUGAUUACUAUUCUCUAUGACAAUACCUGGCCUUUCCCAGAAAAGCUAUGUCCUAUCUGGAUUUAUUUAGAUGUUCUAUUUUCUACUGCAUCCAUCAUGCAUCUGUGUGCAAUAUCACUGGACCGUUAUAUUGGAAUUCGGAAUCCUAUCGAGCGCAGCCGCUUCAACUCACGAACCAUAGCUAUUAUAAAAAUCACUGCAGUCUGGACCAUUUCAAUAGGUAUUUCGAUGCCAAUCCUUGUCAUUGGCCUUGAAGAUGAAUCCAGGGUUUUUAUUGUUAACAGCUGCAUUAUUAAUGAAGAAAGCUUUAUGCUAGUUGGCUCUUUUGUAGCUUUUUUUAUCCCACUGAUUAUAAUGGUUUUUACUUACUGCUUGACGGUACAGAUUUUGCAGAAGCAGAUCAGUGUCUUUCUAGGUGACCAAAAACAUAAGCGAACAAACUUGCAUGUUUUUAAAAAGGGGAACUUAACCGAAAAUGCGGCAAUGAUAGAAAGAUCAGAGACGCCAGAGAAAACUUCAAGGUCACCCUCAAGUAAGGAAGCUAAACUGUUUUGGAAAGGGGCUAUGCAAUCAAUUAGCAAUGAACAGAGGGCUUCAAAGGUGCUUGGAAUUGUAUUCUUCCUGUUUGUGGUUAUGUGGUGUCCUUUCUUCAUCACUAAUGUCCUGUUCGUCAUCUGCAAAAAUUCCUGCAAUGAAGGCAUCAUCGGAGAACUCCUCAAUGUGUUUGUAUGGGUUGGUUAUACCUCGUCUGGUGUCAAUCCAUUGGUUUAUACACUCUUUAAUGGAGCUUAUCGCCGAGCCUUCUCCCAUUACAUUUGCUGUCAAUACGGAGGAAACAAAAAUCACUUCACUGUUACUGCCUCCAUGUCAGCAAUACAUGAGAGGAAUUUUGAAAUGACCAGCAUAAACAAUGGAAAUAAGUCACCGAGCAACAGACUUAGUGCCCCUGAGGAAAGACUACAUGUGACAGUAGAAUCUACGGUAUCUUCUAUAGACAACUGCAUAAUUAUCAGUGAAAAAGUUAGUUGUGUGUAAAUAGAACAUGGAAUACCAAAUCUUCAGCUGUCUAUUUAAUUUGGCCUAGCAAACUAGGCUAUGAGCAUGUAAAUUGUGGCAUAGAAUCUAAGGCCAUUGGUUGUUGUAAUGUUGGCCCUAAUAUGCUAGGCCCCUAUCUGUGGCUGAUGUGAGGCCUAGAAGGCCAGCCUGUUAGUCUGUUAUAUGUGGCCUAGCAUACUAGACCGUCAUUUGCAUGUGUUUUGGACUGAACUUUACUAAGCUGUAAACCCUGUGUAUUGUAUGGCCUACACUACAAGGCAAGAAACCCAAGUAAAAGUUGAACAAAUAUACUUAUUGCUCAGAAAAUGGUCAUGAGAACAAGGAACAGGACCAGAAAUAGGUAAAUCACCUCUUCAUGCUUGCCCAACCGUUCAUGGCUUGUAUAAUCUUGAUCUCAACAUCACUUUCACACGCUCUUCCUCGUAGUUCACAUAUUUGUACACCUCUGCCUUGAAUAUG